AUGGCGGCCGAGUCCACUCUAAAUCCGUUUCUGCUAGCAGCAAGCACGCCAGACCCAGACCACCGACUUCUGCCCCUCCUUCGCUCCAGACCAGAGUUGGCAUCUGCACAAGACGCACAUGGUUAUUCGCUUCUACAUGCCGCAGCCUCCUACAAUCACGUGGAUCUUUUAAGAGCACUGGUCAACGAGUUCAAAGUGGACGUGAACUUGAAAGAUGAGGAUGGUGAAACAUGCUUGUUUGUAGCCGAAACAGUGGAAGUCGCGAAGUGUCUCGUGGAAGAGCUACACGUUGACCUACGAGUCCAAAAUGACGAAGGUAUGGAUGCGCUCGAGAAGUUCGAGUCAGAACAGGAGUUUCCAGAAGUCGCAGAAUACCUCCGCACCCUGCCUUCACUGCUAGAUCCUACAGCGGGAACCGCUUCUAUCCGCCCUGGCCCGGUUUCAAAUGGAACCCAACGCCUUCCAUCUCUUCCACCCAAUGUCUCCAUCAACAUCGGUAUGGAGACCGAGCCGACCUCCGGGACGCCUGAACAAGAGCCUGACCCCGAAUUCAGGAGAAGAAUAGAAGAGCUGGCAGCCAAAGAGAAUUUUCACACGGCAGACGGUCAGAGAGAACUGCGCGAGCUGAUUACGGAUGCGGUAAGAGACGUGGGCAAUGAAGGCCGGGAUGUUAGAAGACGCGUCCAGUAG